CCGUUGGGGUUGUCCUCCCGCGUGGAGCAUGAACUCCAUCGACCCUUCAGUCCACCACACCUCCUCUCCAACCGCAAGCUCUCUCCAACCCCAGCCCAAGAGCACCCAGGAGCCGCCGGAGAUGGCUGUCUACUGCGAUAACUUCAGCAUGUACCACCAGGCUGGACUCCAGAGUGCACAGAGACCGUCUGGAUACGGCCUGGGAGAUUACGCGUCAUCCCUGUGGCUGAACGGGCCCCCGGUCAACUCCUCCACCCCUUACCUGCACGGAAACAACACCGCAUCCUUUAUGCCUCCUUCCUAUGGUACCCAGCGGCAGUUCCUUACCAACUCUCCCGGGUUCGGGGGUCCGGACCUGGGUUGGCUGUCCAUCGCCAGUCAGGAAGAGUUGCUGAAGAUGGUCCGUCCUCCUUACUCUUACUCUGCGCUCAUCGCCAUGGCGAUCCAGAACGCGCAGGAGAAGAAGUUGACCCUGAGUCAGAUCUACCAGUACGUCGCUGAUAACUUCCCGUUCUACAAGAAGAGCAAGGCGGGGUGGCAGAACUCUAUCCGACACAACCUGUCACUCAACGACUGUUUUAAAAAGGUCCCCCGCGAUGAGGAUGACCCAGGUAAAGGGAACUACUGGACGUUGGAUCCUAACUGUGAGAAGAUGUUUGACAACGGGAACUUCAGGAGAAAGAGGAAGCGGCGCUCUGACUCCACUAACGGCACCAAGACAGAGGACGGCCGAACCGCCCCGCCCAUCAAGACCAUGGACAACCCCCAGCUCAUUGGCCCCUCCUCCUCAGACAUGGAGGUGGUCAGUGAGGGCCAUAAGAGCUCCUCCUCCCCGGGCCUGGCGUCCAGCGGCGCUCCGUGUUUUAAUAACUUCUUCAGCAGUAUGUCUGGGCUGGGCUCCGGGCCCCUAGGAGCCUCCAGUCCCCUCUCCUCUGGUACCCCCAGCAGACAGACUAGCUCUCUGGGACUGGUCAACGAGCUGACCAAUAGGAACAUUACAGCCCUCCAUAGCAGUCCAUACCACACCACCAACCCGGGCCCAGGCCAGGACAGUCACAGCCCGGGGGUCUUAGAGCCGGGCCUCGGGGGCCACGGUCACCCAGCAGACAGCCUGUCUCCCUUUAACAGAGGACUGUACUACAACACAUUCAGUGGAGGGGGACAGGCAGGACAGUUCAACAGCCACUUCUACAACAGCUUUAGUGUCAACAAUCUCUUAUACCCCCGAGAGGGCACGGACGUGUAAUCACGGACAAAUAGUCACUGACGUGCAACCACGGACAUAUAGCCACGGACAUAUAACCACGGACAUAUAGCCACGGACAGAUAGUCACGGACAUAUAGCCACGGACAGAUAGCCACUGACGUGCAACCACGGACAAAUAGUCACGGACGUAUAGCCAAGGACAAAUAGUCACGGACAUAUAGCCACUGACGUAUAGUCACGGACAGAUAGUCACGGACAUAUAGUCACUGUUGUAUAGCCACGGAUAGAUAGCCACGGACAUAUAGCCACGGACAUAUAGCCACAUAUAGCAUAUAAUGUAAAGUCACUGACUCAUAGCAAGGGGCUACGACAGAUCUAGGUGGUCAGCCAAUCAGAGGG